AAACACAACACCAUGAGUCAAUCACCGCUGGGAUUUGAAGGAGACGUCGUCUUCAUCACUGGAGGCGCUUCUGGGAUCGGCAAGGCGUGCGCAGAGCACUUUGUCGCGCUUGGGGCCCGGGUGGCAGUGACGGACCGCAACGUCCAGGCUGCGCAAGAGGUAGCUGCUGCACUCAACAGGACCAGGAUGGACGCCGCCAUCGCCAUCGCCGUCGAUGUCAGCAAGCAGGAGGAGAUCGAGAAGGGGAUCGCCGAGUGCAUCGAGCGAUUCGGCAGGCUGGAUGUGGCAUUGAACGCUGCGGGCGUCGUCGUGGGCAAGAAUCUGCGUCUGAUCAAGGACAUGGACAUGAACGACUAUGAUCUGAUCAACGACAUCGACGCGAGAGGCGUCUUUCUAUGCAUGAAGGCGCAGCUCUCGGCCAUGGUCAACCAGCCUCUCAAGCCCGGCCGAGGCGGCAGGCCCGAGCGCCGCGGAGCAAUCGUCAACAUCUCUUCGAGGGCAGGCGUGGAGGGUGUCAAAAAGUUUGGACCGUACUGUGCAGCCAAGCACGCCGUCAUCGGCAUGACGAAAGCAGCAGCUCUGGAACACGCACACGAAGGAAUCAGGGUCAAUGCGAUCUUGCCCGGCCUCAUCAAGACGCCGGGACACGUCGCCACGGCCAAGGAGGUCGACGACGAGCUGAUCAAGCGCGUGCCCAUGCAGCGCUGGGGCUCACCCCAAGAGUGCGUCGAUGGCAUCCUCUACCUCGCCUCCGACAUGUCUUCGUUCUGUUCUGGCAUGACGCUGGACGUGGACGGCGGCUGUGCCGCGCUCGGCAGGUGAUCCGACACCCCCACACUCGGGUGUCGCGCUUUAUUAGCUUGGUGUCGCGCUUUAUGUUACGGAGAUUGCACUACCGCCAGCGGGGUUCUGUUUAAAAGAAUGGCAAUUGCAUGGAU